GGCUUCAGUAGCGCGCAGUCGUCUGGUAGAGCCAGCCCAACCACCGCAGACAAACAAAGUCGGGCAGUAGUCUCGAGGCACUUUUUAAAUAACUUUUCCAAAAUGGGAAAAGUAGCCUUCAUCUCCCUCGUCAUUGCUGUCUUGUCGGCGCUGCUCGGAGAGAGAGUUGUAAACUUGAGGAGAAGGACCUUCGCUUCAAGGGAGCUGGUCCAAAAUCACCUCCCCAACUGUGUGGAACUCAAAAAUCUCGAUUUCGGCUCAGAAGAUAUCACGAUCCUUGGAGACGGACUUGCCUUCAUCAGCACUGGUUUGAGGUAUCCUGGAAUGCCAUCAUCUCAUGGCUCGGAUAUCAUAGGAAAGAUCUACACCCUUGAUAUGAAAGACCCUCGGAUGAAACCAGUUGAGCUGCGCAUGCCAAGAAACUUUGAUCUGGAGUCAUUCAACCCUCACGGCAUCAGCGUAUACAUCGAUCCAAGUGAUGACGCAAUAUACCUGUUUGUCGUCAAUCAUCCUCAACACAAAAGCCAAAUAGAGCUGUUCAAAUUUGUUGACGACGACCACUCACUGGUGCACCUGAAAACCAUAAAACAUGAACUUCUGUACAGUGUAAACGAUAUUGUGGUCGUGGGAGUGGAUAGCUUCUAUGCCACCAAUGAUCAAUACUUUACCAAUGACAUCUUCAAAAGUUUGGUGGAGCUUUUUCUGGCUCAGCCUUGGUCUAAUGUUGUGUACUACAGUCCUGAGGAAGUCAAAGUGGUCUCUGAAGGAUAUUACUUUGCAAAUGGCAUCAAUAUCUCUCCAGACAAUAAGCAUAUAUAUGUGGUAGAUCUAUUAGACCACAAUGUGCAUGUACUGGAGCGGAAAGAAGACAAUGCAUUGGUUUCAAUGAAGACUGUGGCUGUGGGGUCACUCUGUGACAACGUUGAAGUGGACCCUGAAACCGGUGACCUGUGGUUAGGCUGUCACCCUAAUGCAUGGAAACUGUUCAUGUCAGACCCCAAAGACCCUCCUGGAUCCGAGGUCAUCCAAAUCCAGAACGUUCAUUCUGAUAAGCCAGUGGUGACUCAGGUGUACGCUGACGACGGCCACGUGAUCAUCGGCUCCUCUGUGGCAGCUACCUACGGGGGGAAGUUGCUCAUUGGCACUGUGUACCAUAAAGCCCUGUGCUGUGAUUUGAAGUAGACGACUACUGCUUGACACAUUACUGACCUCUUUGCAAAGCUCUUAAUCAGUCAAGGAAAUGAUCAUUUGAAUGAUGAUAGACAUGGAUAUUACAGCACUGGUUUUAGGGGGAAACGCUGAUAACGGACCCCAAAAAGUGCCUGGAAAUCCAAAAGGAGGAGCUGGAGGAAGAUUGAUGAAUUGUGUUUACAUGAUUUAACCGUAAUGAGCCCUGGGUACAACCUUCUUGUAUACAGUCUGUGGGUACAACGGCGUAUUUGAAAGUGGUCUUAAACACAAGUUAUUGAACCAGAUACUUGAACUGCUGUGAAGUAAGUACUUGCAAAACAGAAUAUUUUCAACCAAACAUUCAUAUAUAUUUUGUUUUGCUGCGUCUCGUGAAAAUUAUAUUUUUCAUUGGUCACCUGAAUAUUGUAAAUCUCUACAUAUUAUUUGUAUUGAACUGAGUGUUUUCAUUGCUUUUGUGACAUUUGUUUUAUGUAUUUACAUUUAACUAAAACAAUAAAGAGUCUUGAUUCAACUGUAA